AGUGGCAAAAGCAAAAAACAAAAAUACAAACAAACCCUUCCUUCCCCAAGCAGAGCCACCCCAGCCCAGCGGCCUCCAACUGGGGCGUGAGUUGGCGAGAACUGCAGCUGUCGCUUCUUCAGUUUGGUGCCAGCUUCUUUCUCUUCUCAAGGAUUUUUGAAGGUUAGGAUGGAGCAGGAGAAUGUGGAAGACGAAGUGAAUCUGCAACAGAAGAAGAAGCAUAAAGGAAAACACGACAAACCAAAGCCUUGGGACGAAGACCCAAACAUUGACCGUUGGAGGAUAGACAAGUUCGACUCUUCUUGGAACCCCGAUGGGUUGCUCGAAGUCAGCUCUUUCUCCACUAUCUUCCCUCGCUACCGAGAGAAAUACUUACAAGAAGCUUGGCCAAAGGUUAAAUCUGCUUUGAAAGAAUAUUGUAUUGCUGCUGAGCUCAACUUGGUUGAAGGGUCCAUGACAGUUUCAACAACAAGAAAAACUAGGGACCCUUAUAUUAUUAUCAAAGCCAGGGAUCUCAUCAAGCUUCUAUCGAGAAGUGUUCCUGCACCUCAGGCAAUCAAAAUACUGGAUGAUGAAAUGCAAUGUGACAUAAUCAAAAUUGGAAGCUUGGUGCGAAAUAAGGAACGGUUUGUUAAAAGAAGGCAGCGUCUUGUGGGGCCCAAUUCUUCGACUUUGAAGGCGCUUGAAAUAUUGACAAGCUGCUACAUUCUUGUUCAGGGAAACACUGUCGCUGCUAUGGGUUCAUUUAAAGGUUUAAAACAAGUCAGGAGGAUUGUGGAAGACUGCAUAGAAAAUAAAAUGCAUCCUGUAUACCAUAUCAAGAUUCUCAUGAUGAAGAAAGAACUUGAGAAGGAUCCAGCCCUUAAAAAUGAAAACUGGGACAGGUUUCUUCCAAAGUUUAAGAAGAAAAAUGUUCAAACAAAGAAGGUUAAGAGUAAAGAGAAGAAACCAUAUACACCCUUCCCUCCUCCUCAGCAACCUAGCAAGAUUGAUCAAGAAAUGGAAUCUGGAGAAUAUUUCUUGAGUGAGAAAAAGAAAUUAGCUAAGAAGUGGCAAGAGAAGCAGGAGAAGCAGGCGCAGAAAACAGCUGAAAACAAAAGAAAAAGAGAAGAAUCAUUUGUUCCUCCCAAGGAACCUGUAAAGCAAGAUUCUAGAAAGUCAGAGAAUGAUAAGGAAGAUGUUGCUGCCCUUACCAUGUCAUUGAAGCAAAAGGCCAAGGAGUUUGGGAAGCAAAAAUCUUUCCAAAAUAUCAAUGCAGAAGAAUAUAUUGCAGCACCUGCUGGGGAACAACCUUUAAAGAAGAAAAAGAAAUCCAAGCAUACCUAGUAUAGGCUACUAUGAAUGUUAGGCUAGACAAGUUCAUGGUAGGACAAAGUUUUGCUAAAUAUUUGCUGGCUUUUGCUCAAUCCCAUGACGCGGAUGUGUUCCAUUGUUGAGAAACUGCUGAUGUUGCAUUCUUCAAAGUCUGCAUAGACUAGUUCAAAGACACUCAUAUAUUGAAAUUUGAAAUUCAUUCCUCAUUUUGUUCCUUUUUCCUUUUA